AUGAACGUGUUCACUAUUUACCCGGCGCCCUGCGCGUUCCUGAGGGCGGCGGGACGACGAGUCGCGGCUGCGGCGAGGACACGGCCCAAAGCAGACAGCUCGGUCGGCGUACGAUGUCUGUCGGGCGGCGUGUAUCCGCGGUCGACUGCACACGCAUGCCAAAGGUCAUGGCAGACGCCUGGACUGUGUGCCUACGCGCGCCCGCUUGGCGGUUUCCCCGGCCGGCGCUCGCUAUUCUCCUCGUCCAAGGUCAUCCGCAACUACGAGGACCUGCCCCGCGACUAUCGCGACCAGGCGGGCUUACCGUUCGGCGCUAGGGACCUUUCCGAAGAGAAAGUCGGCAGGAUAUUCGGGGCUGGGUUUACGGCGGCGGCGGGGAACAGGCUGCUGCGCAUCUUGCACGGGCGACGGGUGGCGGGCACCUUGGACGACCCGGCGUUUGCCGUUCACACGGCGCAGUUCCCGGCGGCGCUGAUUGCCAGGGGGCUGGCGUAUUUGCGGCAGCAAGUCCCGGUGAACGAGGUUAUGAAUGCCGGGCUAAGGGCGGAGGACGAGCUGAACCAGAUGGACCGGGACGUGGAGGAGCGAGAGGAACAAGAGAGGACGCCGGCGGCGUCUGGGGACGGAACCGACGGCGAGGGCAAGGACGCAAGCCCCGAGGCGGACCCGUUGUACGGCCGCGGCGCCUUUGACCGGAUACGGGCGCGCAACAUUGCCAAACAAAAGGCCGAGGACAAGAUUGCCGAGGAGGAGCGCCUGGCCAAGGAGGCAGAGGAGCAGGUCGGGUUGUCGGGCCCCCUGGCCAGGCGGGAAGACGGCAGCCGGGCCAUCACCAACCCCAAGGUGGCAGAGUACUACGAAAAGGCGCAGUCGGACCUGGAGGCGCCGCCGGAGAUGAAGACGUGGGAGCGCGUGCUGCCGUCGGCGACGCUCGUCGCGCUGGUGCUGGGCUUCAUGGCGGCCGUGGCCAUGGUGUACGAGGAACCCGUGCCGCGAUACCGGCUCCUGCGCGACGUUUCCACGGCCCACGCCACCGUCGGCACCUUGAUCGCCCUCAACGCCCUCGUCUUCCUGGGCUGGCGCGUGCCGCCGCUGUGGCCCCUGUUCAACAAGUACAUGAUCUUUGUCGUGGCCACGGUCAGGCCGCCGACCCUGUUCACCGCCGUCUUCUCCCACACCAGGCUGAGCCACAUGCUGGUCAACAUGGUGCCGCUGUGGUUCGUCGGCACGGCGCUGCACGAGGAGCUCGGCCGCGCCGACUUCCUCGCGCUGUACCUGGGCUGCGGAGCGGCGGGCUUCCUCGGCAGCCUGGUCACGUACACGCUGAGGGGGUGGUUGACGGUGACGUCGCUGGGGGCGUCGGGCGCGACGCUGGGCCUGUGCUCGGCGUACUUUUGGGAGCACAGGAACGACGGCUUCAAGGUGUUUGGGCUGCCGCGGGACGGGGUCCACGGCAUCGUGUUCCUGGCCCUGAUGGCGGCGCUGCAGAUGGCGGCGUUUGGGAGGACGAGGACGCUCAAGGUGGACAUUGCGUCGCACCUUUCGGGGAUGGCGGCGGGCAUUCUGGGCAUUGAGAUGCUGAGUCGGACGGCGAGGAGCAGGAGCAGGAGCAGGAGGGGGGCCCAUGCGGAAAGGGAGGUUAUUACCGUCUGGGGUGCUGAUGGCAGGGGAGGCGGCGGCGGCGGCGGCGAGAUGAAGACGGUUGGCGGGAGUGGGAGGUGA